GUUAAACAAAGCUAAGCCCCUGAGUGGAUCCCUCAGAGAGUGCCCAGACAGGAUAAAACCCAGAACCACAAUUAUUCGGUAACAAGUGCAGCUCUUCCUGCCCAAAGGUCCUGUCUCCCAGCUUUAAGAAAAACACCGUUCUGUACCGAAAACAUCUCAACAAUGCUUUCUUGAACUUUUGCUGCUGGCCCACAUCACAUCAUCUUGGUGCCCAGUAUGUAACCUGAGUCUUCUCAUCUGGAUUCUAAGCCUGGAUGCAAAUUUAAGUUUAUAUGAAUGGUGAUGAAAGGGGUAUAUUGGGCCCUCUUACAUGUUUAAAGAAAUCAAGAUAACCAAGGCAUCAUUUGGAUACCUCUACAAAAAGGAUCUUUACCCGAAUUGCGAUAUUCUGAGGAACAGCAACUACACUUAGGGAUGUCUAGUGUUACAAAAUGAUGAAAACUAAUUCUAGCAUCUUCCAAUUUGCCAUCAUCUUCAUAUUAAUACUUGAGAUCAGAAUACAAUUGUCUGAAGAAAGUGACUUUCUAGUUAACAGAUCAAAAACAGGUCUCUUUCACAUUCCCAAAGACCUAUCCCUGAAAACAACAAUCUUAGAUAUAUCACAAAACUAUAUAUCUGAGCUUCAGACUUCUGACAUCCUAUCACUAUCAAAGCUGAGGAUUUUGAUUGUUUCUCAUAAUAGAAUUCAAUAUCUUGAUAUCAGUGUUUUCAAAUUCAACCAGGAAUUGGAAUACUUGGAUCUGUCCCACAAUGAGUUGGGGAGGAUUUCUUGCCAUCCUACGGUGAACCUCAAGCACUUAGACCUUUCAUUUAAUGCAUUUGAUGAUCUACCCAUAUGCAAAGAGUUUGGCAACAUGUCUCAACUAGAGUUUCUGGGGUUGAGUGCCACACAGUUACAGAAAUCUAGCAUGCUACCAAUUGCUCCUUUGCAUAUCAGAAAGGUUUUACUGGUCUUAGGAGACACUUAUGGGAAAAAAGAAGACCCUGAGAGCCUUCAAAAGCUUAACACAGAAAGUCUUCACAUUGUUUUCCCUACAAGAAAGGAAUUCAGUUUUACUCUGGAUGUAUCAGUCAGCACUGCAGUAAGUCUCGAAUUGUCUAAUAUCAAAUGUGUGCCAGAUGGUAAUGGAUGGUCUUAUUUCCAAAAUGUUCUGUCAAAACUGCAAAAGAAUUCAAGGUUAUCAAGUCUUACUUUAAACAACAUUGAAACAACUUGGAAUUUUUUCAUUAUGCUCCUUCAGUUGGUUUGGCAUACAAGCAUAGAGUAUUUCUCAAUUUCAGGUGUAAAACUACAAGGUUACCUUGACUUAAGAGAUUUUGAUUAUUCUGACACUUCACUGAAGGCCUUAUCUAUACACCAAGUCGUUAGUAAUGCAUUCAGUUUGCCACAAAGUUAUAUCUAUAAAAUCUUUUCAAAUAUGAACAUCCAAAAUUUCACAGUGUCUGGUACGCACAUGGUCCACAUGGUUUGCCCAUCUCAAAUUAGUCCAUUUCUGCAUUUGGAUUUUUCUAAUAAUCUCUUAACAGACAUUGUUUUUAAAAAUUGUAGAAACUUGAUUAAACUGGAGACACUUAGUUUACAAAUGAAUCAAUUAAAAGAACUUGCAAGUAUAGCUCAAAUGACCAACGAGAUGAAGUCUCUACAACAAUUGGAUAUUAGCCAGAAUUCUCUAAGGUAUGAUGAAAAUGAAGGAAACUGCUCUUGGACUAGAAGUUUAUUAAGUUUAAAUAUGUCUUCAAAUAUACUUACUGACUCUGUUUUCAGAUGUUUACCUCCCAAGGUCAAGGUACUUGAUCUUCACGAUAACAGAAUAAGGAGCAUUCCUAACCCAAUCAUGAAGCUAGAAGAUUUGCAAGAACUCAAUGUUGCUUCCAAUUCUUUAGCCCACUUUCCUGACUGUGGUACUUUUAAUAGGCUUUCUGUACUGAUCAUUGACUCUAAUUCAAUUUCCAAUCCAUCAGCUGAUUUCCUCCAGAGCUGCCAUAACAUUAGGUCCAUAAGCGCAGGGAAUAAUCCUUUCCAAUGUACAUGUGAGCUGAGAGAAUUUGUCCAAAGUCUAGGCCAGGUAGCAAGCAAAGUAGUAGAGGGUUGGCCUGAUUCUUAUAAGUGUGACUAUCCAGAAAACUAUAAGGGAACCCUACUGAAGGACUUUCACGUGUCUCAGUUAUCCUGCAACACAACUCUGCUGCUUGUCACCAUUGGGGUCGCUGUGCUGAUCUUCACUGUUACUGUGACUGCCCUCUGCAUCUACUUUGAUCUGCCCUGGUAUCUUAGGAUGGUGUUUCAGUGGACCCAGACCCGGCGCAGGGCAAGAAACACACCCUUAGAAGAACUCCAAAGAAACAUCCAGUUUCAUGCUUUUAUUUCAUAUAGCGGGCAUGAUUCUGCCUGGGUGAAGAGUGAAUUACUACCAAACCUAGAAAAAGAAGAACUAAGGAUUUGUCUCCAUGAGAGAAACUUUAUUCCUGGCAAGAGCAUUGUGGAAAAUAUCAUAAACUGCAUUGAGAAAAGUUACAAGUCCAUCUUUGUUUUGUCUCCCAACUUUGUUCAGAGUGAAUGGUGCCAUUAUGAACUGUACUUUGCCCACCACAAUCUCUUUCAUGAAGGAUCUAAUAACUUAAUCUUGAUCUUGCUGGAACCUAUUCCACAGUAUUCCAUUCCUAGCAGCUAUCACAAGCUCAAAAAUCUCAUGGCACGAAGGACUUAUUUGGAAUGGCCCAAGGAGAAGAGCAAACAUGGACUUUUUUGGGCUAACCUAAGAGCGUCUAUUAAUAUUAAAUUGAGGGAGCAAGCAAAAAAAAUAGAUCACACAUAGGUCUAAAAAUAUUCUCUUGCUGCUUUUGGAAAAAAUCUUUCUGUUUUUGGAAGCUCUAUUGUAAUUGAUUAUUUUGUAUCAGCACAAAUAUAAAUGCAAUUUUGAAUCUAUGAUGUAGAUAAAAAUGCAUACUUUCAGGCUCUCCAGUUCACCAUUUAUAUGUGG